AUGGCAAAACAGCCCAAGUUGAGCAUUAACGUUGUUAGAGAGAUUAGAGUCACUAUUGAGCAAGGAAAAGCUCAGCAUUUCGUACAUUACCAGACAGUCGAAGUGGCGGCAACCACCAAGACUCCGUCCCCUGUGACCGGAAAAGGUUCAAUGCUCAAGGUGUUGCGCGACAUCUUCGUCGCCAUCCGAGCCUGGUUUUUGAAAUUAAGGGGCUUGGCCAGGUUUAAACUAGUGUUUGAUGAGGAGAAGCAGGGCUUGCUUGAAGGCGGAUAG